UUUAGUCCUUCACUGCUCACCUUCUUUCUCUUUCUCUUUUCUCUCACUUCCCCCUUCCUCUCCUCCCUCUUCCCCCAGACUUUCUCGACCGCCAAACAGCAAUUCAAGUAAGGAGGUUUACGUUCGUGCCAAUGCAGUAUCUCCGGUACCUAAAUUUAUUUCUUUUCUAGGGUUUCCCCCAUUGUUAAACUCCUAAAAUCGCUCAGACACCCAGUGAAUAUUCUCAAAAACCAAAACAAGUAAUUGCAUUGGUGCACUUCUAGCCCCAGAAGCUUUAGUUGAAGCAUUUACCAGGUACUUAUCUGAAAAGAGAAAAGAAUCUACCAGAGAUGGCAGGUCCACCUCGAGUAUGGUCAACGCACAUUAGCGAACCGGAGAGUCGGCCGGUCCUUGUACCGGCUGGGAACAAGGUACAGAAGAAAACGCUGACUAAACCCAUCAAGAAAGCCGAGAAGCUAGCAAAAGAAGAAAUUACUGAGUCAAAAGACGGAGGUAAAUUGGUGAAAUUGACCUCGCCGAAAUCGCCAACUCCAGUAGUAACGCCGGUACCGCAACCAUUGCCUCAAUGCCCGCACUUGAGCUCCUCGAUUUUGAGGCGGAACGUGUCAAUGACCGCGUCGUGCUCGUCGGAUGCGUCUUCCUCGGACUCCUCGUCACUUAGCCGCGCGUCUUCUUCGAGCGGAAAGAAGGUGUUUGCAGCGCGCCGAAGUGGUGGUUCGGCGGUCAGGAGGAAGCAGUGUGUGGAAAAAGUGGAGAACGGAGAGCCGGUACUUGCUGGUAAUGGUUGCUUGGAGGGAAAGAAGAGAUGUGCUUGGGUCACCCCGAACACUGAUCCAUGUUAUGCUGCUUUCCACGAUGAAGAAUGGGGAGUCUCUGUCCAUGAUGACAAGAAACUGUUUGAAUUUCUCAGCCUGUCAGGUGCCUUGGCUGAACUUACAUGGCCUGCCAUUCUUACUAAAAGGCAUAUAUUUAGAGAAGUAUUUUUGGAUUUUGAUCCAAUCGCUGUUUCAAAGUUGAAUGAGAAAAAGGUAGCAACACCUGGAAGCCUUGCUAGUUCCCUGCUAUCAGAGCUGAAGUUACGUUCAAUUAUCGAAAAUGCAAGACAAAUAUGCAAGAUAAGGGAUGAGUUUGGUUCGUUUGACAAAUACAUUUGGAACUUUGUAAACCACAAACCUGUGGUGAGCCAGUUCCGGUACCCCCGCCAAGUUCCAGUAAAGACUCCAAAAGCGGAGGUAAUAAGCAAAGAUUUAGUGAAGAGAGGGUUCCGCAGCGUUGGACCAACAGUUAUAUACUCAUUCAUGCAAGCUGCGGGACUGACAAAUGAUCACAUUGUUAGUUGCUUUAGAUUCCAGGAGUGCAUGGCUGGAGCAGAAGUGGAGGAAAAAGAUGACAUGAAAACCAAGGGCAAAAAUUAAAAGUAACAGGUGAUUUUUCCAACCCAGAUGGAUGGAUUGCUAUUCUGGAGUUUGCAUCUGGCACCUCUUCUGGUACACCAAGGUCUGAGAAGUGAUAUGUUUUGUGUAUAGAUGAUUACGGAUGUAGAAAUUUAUGAUGUGGUGAGGAGCAGUCUUGCUGUUGCAAUUUAUAUGACUCCUUUAGGAAGUUAGUAAAAAAUAGUUACCACGCUUUGGUACAGAAAAGGAUUUUCAGGCUCAGACAUAAAAGAGUUUGGCAUAGAAAAGUUGAGGUUGGUCUAUCCACUCUUGCUGUAUUUUGGUUUCUUUUCAAUCCCAGGACAGUCAAAUAAUUAAAUUCAUUCUACCAGAAGGGAUUGAAACUGAAAUCUACGCGAUCACUGGUCUCAGUAGGUUCACUUGUAUUACAAUUUAGGUUUUUAUACAAUUUAGCCCUAUAAAUGCCCCGAUCACAAGAUAGUAUAUUAGUACCUUUUAAAGGAAGAAAGGGGCCGGAUCAAGAUUUCCAUGAUAUCUAUUUGAUCACCCAAUAUGUAAGUUUUUGCCUGAGUUUCUAUA